CCCAAGCCGAGCUAUGCGAAUAAUCGUCGCAGCUGGCGAUCGAGCCGCGAGUCACGUCACGUUCCCGGUAUAAAACCAAAUGCGGAGCAGCUAAUGCAAUCAGUCAGUCGCCAGUCGCCAGGUGAAGAGCCAACAACAACGUGUACGCAAGUCAGUCCAAAAGCAGAGCAAACGCUAAACCCCCGCGCCGCAACGUGUCCAAGUGCAAAGUGUUCGAACCGAGCAGCCCGAAAAUGUGUGCCCCAAGCCAAUUGAGGUUAAUCGGAGCAAUGCUCGUGCCGCUCCUCGUGCUGCUGCUGUUGGUGGUGGCAGGCAGCGAGGCGCGUCCCAUGGAUCUGUACGAUGAUGUUAGCGAUUUCUUUGAUGCCAUCUCGCUGGACGAUGUGGCCAAUACCGGUCGCAACACGCAUCCGGAACAGUUCUGCAUGAUGCCGGCACGGAAAGGCGUCUGCCGUGCAUUAAUACCGCGUUGGCGCUACGAUCCGGAGCAGAAAAAGUGUGUGGAAUUCAAGUUUGGUGGCUGCGAUGGCAACGAGAACAAUUUCCCCAGCUACAAGACCUGCAUGGCCACCUGUGAGGGCAUGUAA